AUGGCAAUAAAAAUUAUUUUAGUUCCAAUUUUGGUGAUUUUUUUAAGUUUUGGAAACAUCGAAAGUGCUGAAGUUAAUCCUGACAUUUGUAAGGGAAAUAAUUUUGGAUUUUUAGCACAUCCAGAUCCACAACGAUGCACAGAAUAUAUAAUUUGCUUUUUUGAGGAACCUUACUUCUUCACCUGUGCAUAUCCAGAUCAAAUUUUCUUUCUUCCAUACACUUAUUGUGUUAAAGGUGACCCAAUUACAUGCCAGGUUCUUGUAAAUGUAACAACAUUGAGUCCAUCAACAACCACAACAACUUCAACAACAACUUUGAGCACAACAACGUCAACUUCAACAACAACAACAACAACAACAGAAGCAACAACAGAAGCAACAACAACAACAACAACCGAGAGUUCCAUUGACACAACAACUAGAAUUACCCUUCCUAAUGACAUUUGUAAAGGACUCAACUUUAGUGUCUUGGCUCAUCCACACAAUUGUACAAAGUUUAUUGUCUGCUUGUACGAAAUUCCAAAUGUUGCUGCAUGCCAAAAUCCUUACAUGAUCUUCUACAACGGCUCAUGUGUUCCUGGUGAUCCAUUUUCAUGUGAAGUUUAUGGACCGACAACCACAACACCAAAAGAAAUUGAAUCAACAAUAACAGAACGAACAACAGGUCCACCUGAACUUUGUGUUGGAUAUGACUUUAAACUCGUUCAAGAUCCAAACUAUUGCUUCCGAUUCUUCUAUUGUAUUCUUGGAGUGGCACUGCCUGGUCAAUGUGAUCCGAAUAAGAUUUUUGAUGAGCAAUUUAGAGGAUGUGUUGAUGGGGACUGGAACACUUGUGAACGAGGGCAAUAA